UACUACUACUACUAAUACGAUGCUGUAUGUCGUUCCUAUUCCUAUUAUAAUAUUUUGUCGGAAUUGCACCCGAAACGGACCCGUGGUCUGACUUGUGGGCGUAUUCGGAGAUAAUUUGCAAAGCACCAAAUACAGACUUGGUGAGUGAGAUGUCCUUGGAAAUUUAAGUUACUGUACAUAAUUAUCAAAAAGGAACUCUAUUCCUUGGUCUUGUUGGGAACUUGUGAGGACCGUCGUUCAUUUUAUUCUGCUAUUCUUGCAAACGGAGGAAAUUUCCUUCGGAUCCUAACUAGGAGUGAGUAUUGCACAUAGAACAUCCUGGAAAUGGAAGCUGAAGAAUCAUCAUCAUUGCUGCUACUCAAAGAAGAGAAGGAGGACCUGGAGGAGGGUCAACUGAAAAUGCAGAUGACAACUCUUCGUUUGCAGACCCCUUCUUAGAAGUCAAGGCGGAACCAGAAUUUUUUGACUAUGGUGAUUUUGAUGUGAACUGCUCUUCCCUAUCUACUAUCAAGUAUGAAAAGGAGAGCUCUCCAAACUGUGAUGAUGAGAGUGGAAAGGAAAAGAUCUGUAACACAGCAGGGAAGAGAUUCACUUGUACUGAAUGCCAAAGGAUAUUUUCAAAAAUUGACAGACUGAAAUCCCACAUGAGAACUCAUACAGGAGAGAAACCAUAUACUUGCUCUGUAUGUCAAAAAAGUUUUUCUUAUUCAAGUGUUCUCAUAUAUCACAUGAGAACUCAUACGGGAGAGAAACCAUAUACUUGCUCUGUAUGUCAAAAAAGUUUUUUUGAUUCAAGUGCUCUCAAAUAUCACAUGACAACUCAUACAGGAGAGAAACCAUAUACUUGCUCUGUAUGUCAAAAAAGUUUUUCUAUUUCAAGUGCUCUCAUAAGUCACAAGAGAACUCAUACGGGAGAGAAACCAUAUACUUGCUCUGUAUGUCAAAAAAGUUUUUCUACUUCAAGUAAUCUCAAAAGACACACAAAAACUCAUUCGGGAGAGAAACCAUAUACUUGCUCUGUAUGUCAAAAAAGGUUUUCUGAUUCAAGUGCUCUCACAUAUCACAUGAGAACUCAUACGGGAGAGAAACCAUAUACAUGCUCUGUAUGUCAACAAAGGUUUUCUGGUUCAUAUACUCUCAAACAUCACAUGAAAACUCAUACGGGUGAGAAACCAUAUAGUUGCUUUGUAUGUCAAAGAAAUUUUGCUCAAUUAUCUCAUUUAAAAACUCACAUGAAAACUCAUACAGGAGAUUAAAAAAUCACAUGAAAACUCAUACUGAAGAGAAACCAUAUACUUGUUCUGUAUGUCAAAAAAGUUUUUCUGGUUCUAGUACUCUCAAACGUCACGAAUACUCAAACGAGAGAGAAACCAUAUACGUGCUUAGUAUGUCAAAGGAGUUUUUCUGCUUCAAGUAAUCUCACAAAACACAUGAGAACUCAUGCAUGAGAGAAAGCAUUCACUUAAACAAUCUCAAAAGACACUAGAAUUCACACUCGACAGAAUCUGUAUAUUGCUUGAUCUCUGUCCUAGUCAUUUUUAUUAAUUGCUUUUAUAUAACUGAUGUAAUUUGAGUAUCGUUAAGAAAGAACUUGAGUAACAUUUGUAAGUGAAAUUUUGUUUGACGAAAGUGUGGACAAGAAAAUGCUCUUUUUUUUUCAUCUAGGGAGACUUUUACUUAUGAGCUCAGAUAAGUGCAGCAAGUUAAAAAUGAUUAUAUUUACUUUGUGAGAAUUUUUUUUUGUUAUAUUUAUAAGAUUAUUGGUUAAUAACCACUGGUUCUUAGAUACAGAAUCACUUUACAAUUUCAGUGUCUUGCUGGUAUUCUGAUGAUUUUAAAUGUUUUUAGGGAACUUAUUGUUUAGUUGAGACCAAUUCAUUUGUCAGUGUUAUCAAUAAAUGUGUUGAGGGAACACUGAGGAAGAAGGAGAGUUCUAGUGUACUGUUUCUGAUCGCAGACAAUUUUUUUUAUUGACAUCUACGAAUUUAUUUUUGCUGACACAACCCUGGUUUUGGUCUCAUUCUCAAGCUGAAUAAUUGUGCUGUAUUUCUUUACUUUUAUGUGAAGUAGUUUUGUAAAAGUGAUGUAAUUUUCUUUCCAGUGACUUACAUGUUUAUGCAAUUUGUCUGGUAGUUUGCUCAUAAACAGUAGGAAAAUUAGAUAGUAUUUUUCCUUAAGCAGACAUAUUUGGUUUUCAAAAAUAUUAACAUAAAAUACAAUAGUCUUCAAAAGGAUUUCAUUCUUCAGAGAUGUCCAGAUUUCUUUAUUUGGGAUCAUCCACUUUGUUAAUGUUUGCUAAUGUUGUCCUUAACAGCUUGAUAGUUUUGUCUAGAAAUGAUUAUAACUUGAAACUAAGUUACUGAAAUUUUUUCUUACUGAUAUAGUUUAUUUUAUGAUGUUGCUGCUGAUUGUAAUUCUGUAGGUGUUCCAAAAGUACCAAAGACAAUCUUGGACAUUCAUGGAAUGGAGGUAAACCUGCGCUAUCUUCGUAACUAAACAAAUUGUCAGAUUCCUUUUCAAAUUCCGUUUCGCUGACAUGGAACGAAGUGUACUUUUGUAAAACUCAGGGAAAUUCCUUUAUGUAACUUUAUCAGAUGUGGUAAGGAGGUAAUUCAGUUUUGCCAUGCAACCUAAUUUUUGUAGAGAAUGCAUAAAAUAGACAGUGAGUCCCAUUUUUAUGAAGAUAGAAUCUCCAGAAAGCCAAAUAGUCAGUCGUAGAUCUUCUGUCUGAGCGGCUUCGAGAAUAGAAAUGCCUUGAUGAACAGAAGGCAUCACACUGUUAAGAUGCUUAAAUCACCAAAAUAGGGAUGUGUUUUAUAUAUUACUUUCUUUGUUUGACAAGUAGCCUUUAUAUGUUACCAAAUGGAUUGAAUUAUCAGGGAAUAUUUCUUAAUAUUCUGUGAGUUAUAUUUCUAUUGAUUUGAUCUGAUUUUGUACACCUUUUUAUAUGUUUAUUAGACUCAGGAAUUAGGUAAUGAUGCUUUUGUCUUAGUGAGAAUGUACUAUGAAUGUAAGUCACUGACUCUAAGGCCUUUUUAGUUUGCGUAUGUAACAUUUCCCCUCUUAGGACAUGCGAGAAUUUCGAGUACACUUUUUUUUAUAUUAAGGAUCAUGAAGGUGCCAUAGAAAGGAGGCUGGUAUCACUCUACACAUGACAAGUUUCAUGGCAAGUUGUGUUUCCGGAUGUGCAGUUGGUCAAAGAAAAGUGCAACAUGCAAAUGGAUGUGUCAUUUCUCACCGAGAAUUGGCACAGAAAACUUUUUUUCAUUUCUCUGAAUGUCUGUGCAUGUAUUGUCAUUUCCUGCUUUCCUGCCAUUAUGUAGUACCAGAGGUGAAGCAAAAAUGGCCUCAACUCAUGAGGGUCGAGUCAUGAGAUUCAUUUGUCAAAAGUUCCUGUGGAAUGGCUUCUUAAAAGUGGUCCAGAAAAUGUCAUUAAGAGCCAAAAAUAAUAGAUAUCUCACAGCUAACAGCAAUUUUAAAUAGCUCCUAAACCGACUUUUACUUGACACUUGACAUUCAAGACUUAAGUAAAAAGUAUGGUAUAUAAACAGCUUGGCCAUGUUUUGUUAUUCUUCAGUCCCAAAGGAAAACUUAACUAAACACAUUGUGUUCAUUUCUCUUUCUUCCGCCUGACUUUCCACCUUCUCCUCCUGUUACACCUUCCAAACUUCCUAGUGUCAAUUUUCCUUACAGCGGCGAUUGACUUUACAGGUCCCAGCAUUUGGCCUAAAUCCUACCGUGGAUUUUACUCUAUUUUCUAAGGUAAACGCCGCAAUAGGAAGUAUCAUAAAAAUGAAAUAACAUUCUUGGCUGUUGAAUCGUGGAUAAGCUCAAUGAACUCUUCUUGUGCGUCUUCUAACACAUCAUCAACCUGACAUAAGAACGGAUUUUUUGCCAAGGGCUUAAGUCAGGAAAGUAACGUUAGCUAAUGUAUAGCAAUUCUAGCAUUUAAGCAUUCAGUUUUAAGGAUUGUGUUCAGUAGUAUGAAUUUUGUUCUGAGCUGCAUGUCUCCUAAUUCCAGUAUAAUAAAUUUAAAAAUAAGUAGAAUCUCUAUGGACCCCUGGUUAGGAACCACUGAACUAUAUAGAUGAUUGUAGUGACUCAUUAAUCCCGUUCAGUUAAAACCCUUUGUACAAACUGAUAUUACCUGAGGAGGACUCGCUGAAUUAUUUACUUUCUGAAUGCAAAAUUACGAUCAAUUAUAGUUUGCUAUUUUA